CAGUCAAAUUCAACAUUUAAACAACGAGUAACAAGGAAGCUGAUAAGUCAUGCCUUGGGAGUGGUUGGUUGUACUGGUCUCAUGUUUACCAGCUACUUCACUAUCACUGGGGAUGAACAAUUUUACAAAUCGUUCAUCAUUCCUUCGGUUAUGAGAGUUCUUGGUGCUGAACAAGCCCACACAUUUGCUGUCUGGUUAGCCAGUAAAGGCUUCAUUCCUGUUGAUGUGGACGGAGACCCUGAAAUACUGGUAAACCUUCAGUAGUCUGCUCAGAAACUCAAUUUUUUCUUGAAGACAACUUUCACAAGAAUAAUAAUUUUACAAUAUUUAGUUUUCAUUUAAAAAGGACUUUGUUUAAAUACAAGGGCUUCUCUUACCAAGAAUUUAAUUCUUGAUGCCAAGUGGUGAGAUCUAAAGAGAUCAGUAUACUCCUUUGUACCAAAAUAUUUUUAAAAAAAUGUUCAUCUGAGAUAAUUCAAUUCCAAUUAUAGACUAUUUGUGAUUAUGAUUGUUUUCAUUUUCAUGCUGAUAUUGCAAUGCUGGAUUAUACAAUAUAAUGUCAUGAUGACCACUCCACGAAAGCAAAUGUCUCUUCUGUCUCACUUCUUCUUUAUAAUUAUUUUCUCUAUAAUAAAGCAAACUGAUAAAUAAUGAUAUCUUUAGUAUGUUUCUGUUUUGCUUAAUUUUUGUGCACAUAUUGUGAAAACAUAAUAAAAAGUUAUUAUGAUCUUGUUUUGUCUUGUCUAGCAAACCAAUGUUUUUGGUCUUCAUUUUUGCAAUCCCAUUGGCUUAGCAGCGGGUUUUGACAAACACGGAGAAGCAGUUGACGGACUUUUAAAAGCUGGAUUUGGUUUUGUUGAAAUAGGAAGUGUAACUCCAUUGCCACAACCUGGGAAUGACAAGCCAAGGGUCUUCAGACUUAUGGAGGACAAAGCUGUGAUUAAUAGGUGAACAAGGGUUUGAACAAAAAUUAAGUUCAGAAAUUUGUUGUACUUAUAAGUACAACAUUCGUGCUUCUUGCAAUGGAGGAUUUGUAGGUGAGUGGUUAACACCUCAUUAUUUUGGAUCUGGAGGUGUGGGCUCCAGCUGUGAGGUCUGUUGCAGGGUUUGACUUUAGUGCUCACCCACUUGCUAAUUUAAGUGUUAAAAUGACCAGUAGCUCUGUGCCACAGAAACUGUAACUUUCACUAAUGCUCCAGCCUGAUGACUCAAACUCAAAUCUCAAUAGGGUCAAGAAUCUUAACUGACCGAAUGCAUAUUAAUCCAGCUGGCUAUUUACAAGCAUGAACAUUGAGGAUUUGAACUCAGGACUGUGGUGAACAAAUCCAGCCAGUGAUCAGAGUGGGAAUUGACCUUAGUGCAUCCGAAUUGUCCAGUGCUCUAACUGCUAGGACACACUGCCCCGACUAGCUAGAAAGGGCAUAGAGUUUCAUGGUCUGGUGGCAUUGCUGACUCCCUGUCACAUAUACUAUACACACAACCGCAGGGUCAUGUUUUUUUCCUUUCCCCCUUUUGCAUGGCCUUUUUCCCCCUUUCUUUCCUACCAUCAAGCUUUGAGAGGUUGUGCAAGAUGUGUUUCUUGUAUGGAAACUUGCAAAGAUGACCUUUGCAGAUGACCUCGGAUGUGCUCUAAAGCACUGGACGCUUACGCGUUAAAACAAAAUUUAAGAUGCUUAAGGAGUAUACACAAUAUCAGAAGGUCAAAACAGUUAGUACACCACAGCCCUUAUGAAACUAAAUAAUAAGCUAAACAAUAACAAUGUUAUCUUGUCUAUUUGGUAGGUAUGGUUUCAACAGCCAUGGGCAUCACGCUGUUCAGACAAGACUGGAGCAGCAGUUCCUUGUCCGGGGACAUCCCCCUGGGAUCCUUGGAAUUAACCUUGGUAAAAACAAGACAUCGAACAAUGCUGUGGGAGAUUAUGUCAAAGGAGUGCAAUGUUUCAGUGGUUUGGGGGAUUAUUUGGUAGUUAAUGUUUCAUCACCCAAUACACCUGGACUGAGGUCAUUGCAGGGAAGAGAGCAACUAGCAAACUUAAUAGAUAAGGUUAGGAGAAAAAAAUAUAAUGGUAAAUUAGGAGAUUAAGAUCCCAGAAAAUAUACUGCAGAUCUGAAGUGAUGAGAACAAAAAUGAAAUAUCCAUAGGAGAGACAACUGGUAAAAAAUCCUUUUGGCCAAAAGUAAGUCCAAAAUAACAGGAAUGCAUUAUACUUUACCAGGGUUGUCAGAAAGUUUUGAAGUGGACGGUUUAGUUGUCAAAGUAACCAGCCAGUACAAGGAUAUUUUAUUUAAAAAAUGCCAUCCAUAAAGAAAUGUCAAGCAGAGUAGCUGGCCGACACUAACCAAGUAGGUGGCAAUUUUCGCUGGCAGCGGGCUACUUUUGACAACCCUGCUUUACAUUUAUGGAUAUAUCGUUUCAAUAACAAUGGCUGUUGUGAAACUUGAAGUUUCACUUUGAAAAAGAUUCCUUACUUCAAUCCAGCCCUCCCUGCCAAGAAAAAAA